ACUGAAUUAAAUAAGUAGUCACGCCAUUUAGUGACAAAAGACAACAGUGAUGAUAAACAGACAAAAUGGAAGCAAACCUUUUCUCUGAUCAAAAUUCCAUCUCCAUCUCCUUGUUUCCCUCUUAUCUCUUCCACUCCAGGGGAAAGAAACUUCUCAUCUUCAUUUGUCAUCUUCCACCUUCAUGAACAUCUGACACUUCUACAGCCAAGCUCUACUCUUCCUUCCUUCCUUCUUCCAUGGCUUCUUCCAUCUCUUCCUCCCAUGAUGAAGAGACACCUGACAUUGAAUCAACAAAAUCAGUUGUGUCUUCCAUCACUGACCACAUUCACCAGCUCAUCUCCAGUCCUUCAUCAUGGAAUUCCCUCAAGUCAGCUUCCACUUCCAGGCUCAGCAACAUUGUCCAGCAAAACCAGGAGAAGCAUUUUGACUUCUCUGAACAUUCAGUCAUCUCAAACCUCUACUGGGGAAUUGAAGCCAUUGACUCAGCAAUGCAGGCACAGGAGGUUGAGGAGAAAAGAACAAAUGGGUUGAAGAAGGCAGAAUCAAUGCUUCAAGUUCCUGCAUUGCUUGAAGAGGAUGGUGUCACAGCUGGAAUUCACAACCAGUACUUAAUCUGCUGCUCAUACUUUUUUCUGUCAGUUGUGAAGAAGCUGCAGAAUGAUGAAUGGCAGGUUGCCCUCCACUUCUUCCAGGCUGUAAUGGUCUCUCCGAGGCUCGUUAGGGUCGAAUUCGCUCCUCGCGUUUGCGAAGAGCUCUUUCAUGAAUCUUGCAAUGAUGAGGAUGUGAGGAGGAUGGCUAGAAGGUAUAAGCACAGGUUGAUGUAUUAUCAGGUGAUGUUGUAUGGAGAUGUUGGGAAAGGUUCUGUUGAACAUAAACCUCAAUCCUUUAGGCAACUGCUGAGCUGGAGAAAUGAUCCUUUGGAAACUUACUGUAAUAAGCUAGUCCAGUAUGAGAAGGUGCAUCCAUUUGAUUCACAAAGCUGUGAAAUUGAAGAAGUUGAAGAUUGUCAACCUCAGAAGUUGGAUGUCAAGAAGGAUACAUUUAGAAAGGAUAAAAGCACAAGAAGCCUGCAGGAAGUACUGAUGGAAUCCGAAUCAGAUACCGAGACUACUUCAGUAAGUUCAUGCUGCAACUAUCAUGUGGAAGAAGGUGGUGAUCACCCUGAGGAAACAAUUAAUGAAGGCUCAAUGAGAUAUAUCAAGGGAAGUGAAGAUAAUCAGUUCAGCUUAGUUAACCCAUGUGAAUAUAAAUCACUUCCUCUACUGGUAAAUGAAGAAAAGCCUAAAAUCACUUCUGGCAGAAUAGUUUGUUCCGUUGGACAUAGAGACAGAAAGACAGAUUCUUUGUUGAGUUGCUAUGCAGAAGAUGAUCAUCAUGGGAGAAUCACCAUGGAAGACCUGAGAAGAGGCAUGAUGGGGAAGAAUGAGAAGGACAAGAAGAAAACACACAAGAAAAAGAAGAAGAAUUUGCUUACUGGAAGAGACUUCAGCAGCCAACUCGCAAUGCAUAAUAAUGAACAAGGUUCUGAAACUGAGCUAGUCCUAUUACUCGAAAAGGCGAUUUCUAGGCUAUGCUUCUCAGAAGAAGAAGAAGACUAUGACUAUGCAAUUCAAGUCACAACCAUCUAUGAAAUGCUGAGCAAGAAAAGGGGAGUGAAGUACAACAUGCUUAAAAAUGUGAUCCUUGAUCAACUAUUAGUAGCAAUUUCAACGUCCAAGGAAGAAAGAGUAAUAAGAGCAUCAGUCUCAAUCCUCUCAACUAUAGUACUAGUCAAUAACUCGGCUGUGGAAGAGAUCAAGAGAAAAGGAUUGAGCUUAUACAAUCUAGCUACUGCUCUAAAACAAAAGGUUCAUGAAGCAGCCAUUCUCAUCUACUUGAUAAACCCAUCUCCAACUGAGAUCAAGACACUUGAACUCCUACCAGCAUUGGUGGAAGUUGUCUGCACUUGUUCAAAGCCAAUGCUGACGACAACGAUGAGAUCAUGCCAGCUUGUGCUGACACCUCCUGCAGCAUCACUGAUGAUCAUGGAGGUUUUGGUUACUGCAUUCGACUGUGAUACGAAUAAUAUGCACCUGGAAGCUAUCAACUCUCCUCAAGUUUUAGGGAGGCUUGUGGAAGUUGCAAAGAUGGGCAGUUUUGAUGAGCAUGUGGUGUCAUUGGCUAGGAUUCUUGUAAAGUGCAUGCAGUUUGGCGGAGAUUGCAGGAGAUACAUAUCUGAAUCUGUUCCGUUAGAUGCAUUCGCAUGUCUAUUACAGAGAAAGGAGAAGAGGGCUAAGCUUUCUGCUCUUGAGUUCUUCCAGGAAAUCCUUUGCAUUCCAAGAUCAUCAGCUACCAGCUUAUUGCAAGGGAAAAAUAAAGGAAUAUUUGGCAGCAGCAACCUUAUGCAAAUACUUCUAGACUGCAUACAAGAAAUUGAAACUGAUCACAAACUUCUAGCAGCAAGUCUGUUACUUCAGUUAGACACCCUGGAAGACUCAUCCAACAAAAGCAUGUUCACAGAAGAGGCAUUAAAAGUCAUCCUCAAUGGACUGUCAAAUGAACAAAGCUCCACAUCACAACAGUUAGCUGCAUUCAUUCUUGCAAACAUUGGAGGAACAUAUGCUUGGAAUGGAGAGCCAUACACGUCAGCGUGGUUAGUGAAAAAGGGAGGGUUGACCUCGUUGACCCACAGGAAUCUGGUGAAGAACUUCAAUCAGUUAGACCAGACCCUGCAGGACAUAGGUAUUGAUCCAUGGUGUGCCAAGAUAACAAAGCGGGUUGUGGACAUGGGAAAGCCUGUGUUCCAAGCUCUAGCCACUGGUCUAAGAAGCAAGAUCAAGAGGGUUCGUCUCAACUCUCUCACGGCCAUUUCUUGGAUUGGAUGUGAGAUUGGAAAGUACCCAAAUAGUAUAAGAUACUCUGCCUGUGAGAUUUUGCUUAGUGGAUUGGAGCAAUUCUUGCACCCUGGGAUGGAGCUUGAACAUAGGUUCCUAGCUUGUAUGUGCAUUUAUAACUAUGCUUCUGGCAAAGGAAUGCAGAAGCUUAUUAACUUCUCAGAAGGGGUGAGAGAGUCAUUGAGAAGGUUGUCCAGUGUGACAUGGAUGGCUGAGGAACUACAUAGAGUGGCCGACUAUUACUUGCCCAACAGAUCACGGAUUUCUUGUGUGCACACGCAAGUUUUGGAGGCUAAACACAGCCGCAGUGGAGCAGUGACUGCCCUCAUUUACUACAAAGGUCUUCUGUUCAGUGGAUAUUCAGAUGGCUCGAUCAAGGUUUGGGAAAUCAAGGACCAGACUGCCUCACUUGCAUUUGAGAUGAAAGAACAUAGAAAGGCAGUGACUUGUUUCUCACUGUUGGAACAUGGGGAGAGUCUUCUCAGUGGCUCUGCUGAUAAAACCAUAAGGGUCUGGCAAAUGGUGCAAAGGAAGCUUGAAUGCAUCGAAGUCAUAUCAGUAAAUGAAUCCAUAAGAAAGCUGGAAACGUAUGGUCACAUGGUGUUUGCCAUCACACAUAGCCAUGGAAUAAAGGUUUUUGAUUCAUCUAGAACAGCCAAUGAUAUAUGCAAGUCGAAGAAGGUGAAAACCAUGACAACUUCAAUUCAGGGCAAGAUUUACCUGGGCUGCAAGGAUGCAAGCAUUCAGGAGUUCAGCAUAACAAGCAAUAGGGAGAGAGAAAUCAAAGCUCCAGUGAAGAAUUGGAUGAUGCAAAGCAAACCCAUCAACUCAAUAGUAGUGUACAAAGACUGGCUCUAUACUGCUGGCUCAUUAGUUGAAGGUUCAAAAGUUAAGGAAUGGAGGACAAACUGUAGGCCACAGGUUUCCAUGGUGGCAGAGAAAGGCAAGAGUGUGGUGGCCAUGGAAGUUGUGGAAGACUUCAUAUACUUGAAUUGCAGCUCAUCAACCAGCUCCCUUCAAAUUUGGCUGAGAGGGACACAGCAGAAAGUUGGGAGAAUAUCUGCAGGGAGCAAAAUAACUAGCCUUCUCUGUGCCAAUGACAUUGUUCUCUGUGGUACUGAGAAAGGACUUAUCAAGGGAUGGAUACCUCUUUAAUGCAACAGCUGAGUUUCCAAUUAUGGGUUUUUUUUGUUCAUUUCAAAGGCUUGGUUUGGUUACAUUAUAGUUCACUUUUGUAAAUAGUUUAGCAUACAAGAGAGGAGGUUGCCUGAAAAUAAUUGUGAUGUGUAUUAAUCAGAAUAGUGAGGUUGAUGUUAUUUUGUUACAAACUCAUAUGAUUGUAUUAUGUACAUUAAUUCAGAAGUUCCUCAAUCAAAUAUAACCAAAGAGUUAAAUUAGCAGUCGACAUCCACCGGCGCUCACCGGCGGUGAAAGGCAGCACGGCUUCCUCAUGAUCGUAAAGCAAUAUACUUUCCGGUAACAGUCAAGGUACAGCUCCAACAGUCGUAUACAGACCGACCAGCCUUAGUUCCGCCGGCGAAAUUCACAGCAAUAAUUCGUCGGAAAAGCCAAAAUGUAUAAUUCAACACCAGCAGCCGUAUAAAUUUCUAAUAUGCAGAAGCCAUAUACGAUCUACCCUGCUAUAAUUUAAGGGUCUGAACCAAUAUAAACCAUAACAUUGACAACAAUUGUUGAUUGUAAAUACCAAAUCGUCGUCACUAAUGAUCCUCCUCGUCAUCCACUUCGUCGUCGUCGUCCAAUUCCUCGUCAUCGAAGUCGAACCCUCCUUCCUUCUCCACAUUCUCCAUUGGGAACUUCUCCCGGAGCUCCUUCAUCAGAUUCUCGUCGUCGCUGACCCCGGCCAGCUUCCUCGCCAAGAUGGCUUCAAAUAUCGACGGGAUCGCAUCUCCGUCCCCGUUAUAGAACCUCUCGAUUCGCCUCUUCAGCUCUUCAUCGCUCACCACAUCGACACCUUCAAGGGAUGAUGGAUCGCUUCGCUGCUGCUUCUCGGGAUUUGAUCUACUCCAUGGAUCCGAUUCUGAAGAGUAAAAUCGGGUCGGAUUAGCGUACCUGCUAAAUAUGGCGGCUGGAGAUUUGGAGCUUUGGAUGAAUUCGGGGCUAGAUUGAAGAAUCCGGCUCCUACUGGAGGCUGAGAGAAGCCUAAACAGAGAAGAUGCUCGUUUCAUCGCUCCUUUUCCUCUCUGGUUCACCGAUUAGGGUUUUCCCUGGUCGUGAGAUAGAAGUAGGGAUGGCAAAAAUA